AAUUUAUUGGCAAAAUGAAUGCUAAAAUUCAUAAUUGUUUUGGUACCUACUUUUCUAUCUGGAAAACGUUUUUUUUUCCUGUGCGUUUAUUUCUCUUAUUGUUCAUUUUUGAUACCUUGAUAAGAAAGACACUCAACAAUAACAGCACAACAAUAACAACACAACAAUAACAACACGAUAAUACAACAAUACAAUAACGGUAAUAAAAGUAAUAAGGGCUGAGUAUACUAUGCGCCAAAAUAGGGAAACAG